AUGUCAUUUGAAUCAUCAUGUCUUCGACUUCGGUCCGCUCAGACCGUGGAUGGUGGGCAUUGGUUCACCUGUGCAGGCGUCUUCCGAGGCAGAGCAUCGUCUCGCCUGCCCAGCUGCAGAGUUCACUCGCAGCUCACCGUAGCUCGUUUGGGAUCAGAUCGAGUGAACAAAAACAACAUGGCGAUUCCACAGGAGGUCGCUGACAAAGUCCAGCAGAAGCUGGCGGAAGCCAGGGAUGGCACCAAACUGGUGUCAACAGUGGACGCAGUCCUGAAGAUUUUGCAGGCUCAUUCCCUCGCCUGGCGGCAAACAAUCUUGCCGCCGCAUGUGGGGGUUCAUCAGAUGAACCGAGAUGGCCUUGGCCUCAACAGCAGCGAAGUACAUGCGCUCAUAGAUGACGUGUUGAGCGUCGGGUUCGCCCGUGAUGAGGUCAGGGGCGUGUGCUUCGAAGUGCAGCACUCAAACGAAGCUACACGCAAAUUCAAUGAAAAGAUGGUUGCAGAAAGCGGAGGCAAUCUCGCCCCCUUGGAUGCUGCGAGCAUUCGAUAUGCAUCGGUGGCCGGGUCACAUUUAAACGCUGGAUUGAACUGCUGGCUCCAGUCAAUCAAGCACCAGGGCCAGCCGUUGAGCUUAGCCAGAUUGCAGGAGAUUGACGCAGAGUACUACAAGGCGUGCAUGGAAGGUACAAGUUGGCUUGUGGUGUCUAGCCAGGUUGAAAGCAAGUGGCCAGAACUUCCUGGGAUGAUCCAGGCUGCCAACAACACGGCUUCGCACCUGUCCAGGACAGAGAGUGAGCUGCAACUCCUGAGAAAGAUAUGGCAUUGCACAGUGGCAAAGCAGGAAGGUGGCAAGGUUUCCCUGUGCUGGGGCGACAUCGCCAGCAUGGUGCUCAGGACGAAACCCACAUUGGGUCAGUCUGGGCCAUUCCUCUUCAAUUUCAUUGUGAAGUCCAGCGGUGGAGUCAAGGGUGCUUUCCUGGAAGACACCUUGAACUACAUCAAGGCACAUGGAUAUGCCCAGAGGACUGUCGGCGCCGAAGUGUACGAAUUGCUGGCACAGGACAUCAAAGGUGUUCUGAAAGCAUUGUACACCGUUCCGGAUAAGACUCUCUUUUGCACAGACGUCCGGAAAGCAAUGUCAGCGAACAUGAAGGCCAAGAUGGUCAUGGUUGAAGGCGCGCUGGCCACAGCCGAGAAGGUCUGCGCCUACUACAAAGUGGAGGGGCACAUCAAACUUGCUGCUCUUGGAGCUUUCUCCAGGAACUGCAUCUUGGCAGUCAUCGAAAAGAAGCACAAGGAUCUUCCUUUUUUUGACUCUGUCGAAGCUGCCGGUGUGGACUUCAUUCAGCUGAGAGCAUUAGAUUCGAUGGGCAGAAUCAGCAAUGCUGCCAUGCUGAAGGACAAGGGUUUCACCGAGGGAAUGAUCGUGCAUCGGAAGAGUGAUGAUACCAUCGCCACGAUUGAGAAGAUGGCAGCGGGAUCGAUCACCUUGAAGGUGGGUGCAGAGUUGAAGACUUGCAGUAGCGAAUCGUUUUUGAAGGGAGAUUGGAAGCCCAGUCGUGAGAAGGCGGAGGCUGAGAAGAUUGACUGGCUCCCUCAUUCUCCGCAGCAUUCGAGGGAGCACCUGGUGGCUGCCAUGAGAUCGAAGGUGGUGUACACCAUGUACGUCAAAGCCACCCCAUGCCCCACAGAGCUUGAGAUCUUCACGAAACCCAAGCAGGUGAAGGCACUCAAAAGCUUUUCCAAGGGGGCUUUGCGUCUGGAACUUCAAACCUACAAGGUGGACAUCAAGACUGAGGACAAAGGUGCAGGAGGCUCUGUUUGUCUGGGCCACUUUGCCGACAAGGACAAGGCUGGCGAAGCCCUUAUUUUGUACAAAGAUGCGCCUCAGAACCCAGAUGCCCCAGUUGAGCAAUUGCAAGAUGUCAAGCGCCGCAAGACUGGGAAGGAUAUCAAAACACCAAGAGCUGCGAUGGCCAAGAAAACGGAGUGGGUGAUCAAGCGCGUCACUGCUGUGCAGACUCCGCAUAGCAGGAAAAAUUGGUUUCCUGAGACCAAAGAUGUUGAUGGUUUCAUCUUCUUUCAUUUCGGGAAGUUUGAAAGAGGCGUGGUUUUCGCCCUCACAGGCAAAGGCCUAGAAUUACGGGCGAACAAGAGCCCUCACUUACUCGAUGGAAAAGAGUAUGAUCGCAUUGUCCAUCUGAGAAACGCCGAAUGCAAUCGUCGAUAUCAAGAGACCAUGAAAAGAGCCGCGGAGGCACUGGGGGAGGAAUGGAAACCUACCAAGAACUCCAUGAUGGCGAAGGAUGAUCACCGCCUGAUCGUGGCACAGUACGUCACGAUCAGCCUGCCAGUUCUUCAAAAGGAUGCCACAUGCAUCAGUCCUUUGGAGGCAAAAUGCCUAUGGGGCACCAAAGCGGCUGACCUGUGGCUGGAGCUCAACACCGAUGUGUUGCACUACUUGUCCGUUGCCAUGAAGAUGCCGGCAGAUGGCGGUGAGGCUGCAGAUGCUCAGCCUCAUGAUGACUCUGCCCCUGCAUCUGAAGCUGCCGGUGAGGCCAGUGAACAUGUUGUGAAAUCUCCCAAGAAGAAGAGUAGGAGACGAUUCCAGCCAAAACGGUCCCCCAAGAAAAAGGCCAAGAAGACUCAUGAGCCACCUCAGACAGUGGGUGAGGAGGAAGGUGAUGAUGCGAACAAGGAAUCUGAAAGCGAGGAAGAAGAUUGCUGA